UCCGCGGUACGCUCUUCCAUCUGCUUUUCCCAAAGCUCUCUGCUCCUCACAGGGUCCUACAGGGGAAGGAGGAGUAGAGCCUUCCAUAGCGUACGUCGGAUGGAGUACUUGGACCCGGAUGAUGUAUUCCGAGACGAAGACGAAGAUCCAGACAAUGAAUUAUUUAAGGGAGGAGAGGCGAGCAAAGAACUUGUGGUAUACCUGGUGGAUGCUUCGCCCCAAAUGUUCAGCACUACUUGUCUUGGAGAAAAUCAAAAUGAGGAAAGUCACUUUCAUGUUGCUGUUAGUUGUAUUGCUCAGUCAUUGAAAACUCAAAUCAUCAACAGGUCUUACGAUGAAGUUGCAGUAUGUUUCUUCAACACGAGAGAAAAGAAGAACUUGCAGGAUUUAAAUGGUGUGCAUGUAUUCAAUGUUUCUGAAAGAGAAGAUCUAGACAGGCCAACAGCGAGACUCAUAAAAGAAUUUGAUGGCAUAGAAGAAUCAUUUAAUAAAAGAAUAGGGAGUCAACUCGGUAUAUUAUCUGGGUCUCGUGAUAAUUCUCUUUACAAUGCUCUGUGGGUUGCACAAGCGCUGUUGCGUAAAGGAUCUGCCAAAACAUCUGACAAGAGAAUUCUCCUCUUCACAAAUGAAGACGAUCCUUUUGGGAGUAUUAAGGGAGUUACUAAGACUGAUAUGACAAGGACAACAUUGCAGCGAGCUAAAGAUGCACAAGAUCUUGGCAUCUCAAUUGAACUUCUCCCCUUGAGUAGGCCUGAAGAGGAGUUCAAUGUCUCCCAUUUCUAUGCAGAGUUGCUUGGAUUGGAGGGUGAUGAUCUAGCUCUCUUUUUGCCUGCAGCAGGAGAAAGAUUCAUAGAUAUGAAUGAUCAAUUGAGAAAGCGUAUGCUCAAGAAGCGCAAGGUUCGAAGAAUUACAUUUUCAAUUGCCAAUGGCAUAUCCAUUGAACUGAAUACAUAUGCAUUGAUUCGUCCAACUUCUCUAGGGAAAAUAACUUGGCUUGAUUCAAUCACCAAUGCUCUUUUAAAGACUGAAAGAUCAUUCAUCUGUGCGGAUACUGGUGCUUUAGUGCAUGAGGCUACAAAACGUGUUCAGUCUUACAAGAAUGAAAAUAUUGUGUUUUCAAUUGAGGAGCUUUCAGAGAUAAAGAAAAUCUCUCCAGGACAUUUUCGUCUUUUAGGUUUCAAGCCAUUGAGGUGCUUAAAAGAAUAUCACAACCUGAGGCCAUCAACGUUUAUUUUUCCUAGUGACGAGGAAGUUGUUGGAAGUACUUGCAUUUUCAUUGCUCUUCAUAGAUCCAUGCUACGUCUCAAGCGCUUUGCAGUUGCAUUUUAUGGGAGUGCUACUAAUCCUCGAUUGGUUGCCCUUGUUGCACAAGCCGAGAUUAUCUCUGCCGGUGGUCAGGUUGAGCCGCCUGGAAUGCACAUGAUAUAUCUUCCAUAUUCUGAGGACAUUAGAGAGAUUAAAGAGCUCCAUUUGGGUGAAACUACUGCAACUCUUAAAGCAACUGAUGAUCAAAUUAGUAAGGCUACUGCCUUAAUGAGACGUGUUGAUUUAAAAGACUUUUCAGUGUGCCAGUUUGCUAAUCCCGCCUUGCAGAGACACUAUGCAGUUCUUCAGGCUCUAGCACUGGAUGAAGAUGAGAUGCCAGAAAUCAAAGAUGAAACUCUUCCUGAUGAGGAAGGCAUGGGGAGGCUGGGAGUCGUUAAUGCAUUGGAAGAAUUUAAGAAUUCUGUAUAUGGGGAAAACUAUGACGAUGGGGACAAGACUAAUGAGAAACCAAGUGAUGCAUCUAAAAAAAGGAAAGCAAUUGCUGAAAAUGCAGUCAAGGAGUCUGCAAAUUAUGAUUGGCCUGACCUUGCGGAUACUGGAAAGUUAAAGGAUCUAACAGUGCCAGAGUUGAAGUAUUAUCUAACAGCAAACAACCUUCCAGUUACUGGGAAAAAGGAAGCUUUGAUCAACAGGAUUUUAACUCACAUGGGCAAGUAAGAUGACACUAGAAUGCUUCUGGCAAGCUUUUAAAGAUGAGCAGAGCAUUGGUGGGUGCUUAAAGUGGUGGAAUUAAAACUAGUUUCUGAUCAUUGAGCGAGUAAAGGAAGACUACCUAAAAAUAUGACCCUAACUUUAAGUCUCGUAAAAUGUGGAGUUUUGUAUGAUAAUUUUUACAUGGAUAUUUUACUUUAAACUUUAAAUCUUAAGCCUUAAAUCUA